AUGCCUUCAGCGAAAGUUGCUGAUGGGUCUUGUUCGUCACUUCCAUCUCUUCAAAAAUGUACGUCAUUAAACGGCUGCUUAAAUUUAGAAAAAACGGAAGAGGAGCGGCAGAAGGAACUAGAGGUAUAUAAAGAAUUGAAGAGGCGGAAAAAUGAGUUGGAAGAAAAACUUUUAGCAAAACUGGAAGAGUUGAGAGAAGUGUGUAUUAAAGAAGCGGAAAUAACUGGAGAAUUGCCGAAGGAAAUUUAUAAAACUUUGAUGCCUGGUGAAGUGGAACCAAAGGUGAAACGUCGAGUUGGGACGGCAUUUACCUUCAGUGAGGAGGUUUUUAAAAAACCUAAUGAUAAAGUCGCCAUGCUGGAAACGGACGUAGAGUUACAUCGAAAAAUUGUGGCAGCAGCAGAACGCUUAGCGAAAGACAAAACCACAAACAAAUCUGUCAGAAAGAAGCGACAGAAAGACUUAAUAGCCGCGACUCAAAAGCUUAGAGGACUUGAACUUGGCUUAAGUAAAUUACGUCUUUCGGCUAGCAAACCUGACAUUAGCUCAUCUGUGGAUGGAAGCAAUGGAGGUUGUCAGUAUGAAAAUAUUGGUUACAAAUCAUGUGCGUCUUACAAGAGCACCUAUCGACAAACUAAUUUCCCCACACUCAACGUUAGUCUUUCAAACUCAUUUGCCAUAUCCAAAACAUGA